AUGGCCGACCUGCUUGGGUUUCCAUUCCCUAAAAUAGGUUUCUAUCUGUCCACCACAUUCUGGGCAUAUCUGUUCUCCAUACUAUGGCUUCAUAGAUACAUCCGUCUAAUAGUCCACUGCAUCAGCCACUGGAUAUACAAGUCAAAGCCUAUCCCUGAGAAGCCGACGUAUACUUCGGCCGACGUCACGGUCAUAAUCCCAACCAUCCAUAAUCAGUUCCAAGAACUGCGUCCCUCCUUGCAGAGCAUUCUAGCUUGCAGACCCGCCAAACUGAUCCUCGUCACCACCUGGAACAAGUUCGAGGCUCUCAAACUGCUUGCUGACAGUCUGCGAUCUCAUGACAGUCAGCACCCAGAAAUCGAGGUUCUUCACGUGGACAAGGCAAACAAGCGGCUUCAAGUCUGCGAGGCCCUUAAAGGGGACCAUGUCAAGACUCCGAUUAUCGUCAUGGCCGACGAUGAUGUCGAAUGGCCGUCCACCUUGAUGCCCUGGCUCCUCGCCCCUCUAGAGGAUCCGGAAGUGGGCGGUGUGGGCACAUGCCAGAGUGUGAAACGGGUCUGGGAUGCGGACCUGUCAACUCGUAUCUACAACUGGCUUGGAGCAGCAUACAUCCAGCGCCGGAAUUUUGAGAUCACGGCCACGCAUAACAUGGAUGGCGGCACCUCGUGCAUGUCUGGCCGCACCGGGGCCUACAGAGCAGGGAUCUUGAAGAGCCACGACUUCUUGGAAGCCUUCCAGACGGAGCGUUGGGGCAAAUAUAACCUGAAUGCCGACGACGACAACUUCGUGACUCGCUGGUUGGUCAGCCAUCAAUGGAAGACGUGGAUCCAGUACGAACGCGAGUGCGAGAUUGAGACGACACUGGAGAACAGCAGCAAAUUCCUUUAUCAGUGUUCGCGAUGGGCUCGGAGCAACUGGAGAAGCAACUGGACGAGUCUCGUUCACGAGGGACACGUGUGGACUCAACAGCCCUGGUGUUUAUACGCGUUACAUUUCGCCACCUUCACGUCCUUGGCAUUUGUCGUGGACCCGCUCCUCUUGGUCUCGCUCUGGAAGGCAACCUCGGACUGGGAUCCGAAAUCCCGAAGCAAUGCCUUCUGGGCGCAGGUCAUCUUCAUGUUUGCCUUCACCAAGGUGGUGAAGCUUGUGGGACUCUUCAAGCGGAAUCCCAGCGACAUCAUGUUCCUGCCCGUUUCCAUCGUAUUCGGCUAUCUCCACGGCUUCAUCAAGCUGUAUGCGCUCUUCACGCUCAAGAUGACCUCUUGGGGUAGCCGAGCCGAUGGUGACGAGCAUAACCACUUCCGUCUCCAGGAACGGCCGAAGCGAAGUCAGAGCAUGACAACGCCCCCGGGACCGCGUCUUGACCUUGUACUGGGUGCUACGCAUCGGAGAAUGACCCUGCCGUCGCAACCAGCAAGCGAGAUCCGGCCAGGAGGGAUUGCGGUGUCUGAAAAGGCAGCAUCCGCGUAAACCGCUUGGGUUUGGGGGGCAAAGCAAGAGGUCGUGUGGGUUACGCAAGUUCGACCGCCCCGAAACGUGUUGGGCGUGCAGCAUCGCAACUGAGUAAAACGAAGAUUACGAAGACUUACGACAGGACAGGAUGGUUUUCAUGAGUUCACUGGGGCUGAUGCGCUUGGCACUGGGUCUGAGGUAAAACAGUACUCACCCAUGUGGCCUUGGCUAAUUCAAUGUCUCCCAAGAGUCCGUGUCUUCCGUUGGAAGGCCGGCUCAUCUGCUUUGUGGCCAAAAUGGGGUGGCGUUGGGGGAAACCAAAAGUUAGGGAUUUCACCGGCCGGCGGCCUCUCGCUGGUUUGGAUCAUCGGCAUUGCUUGGGAUGAACUGGAAAAUGCCUAAUGUGGAGUGUGAUUCUAGGGAGCGGAGCAGGCACGCGGAAGCAGCGCCUUGCAUGAACCCCUAUCUUUAUGUUGGAAGUGUAAUGGGACAAGUCACCUC